AGCGUGCAGUUUGUUGACGCGGCUUUAUUUGAGUUCUUUUAACCUGGAAGCGUGGCUGCUGUUAGGGGGAAGCUGGGGAAGCUUCUACUGUAGACUUCUGCUAUGUAGUCACUCUAUACAUUAUUUGUUAACAGGCAGUAAUUUGCUGUUCAUUUCUGGAAGCAGUGAUUGUAAUUGUCCGUUUUUUACGGUCCAGAUUCGGUUGGUCUUCGGGCUUUAAUUGCGAUCUUCUACGCUUUCCUUUUGCAUAUUUACAGUAUGGUCAUCAGGACUGAGUAGCUGCUAAUGUAGCGUCGUUUGGACUUCGGUAUUACUGUUAGUGUUCAUUUGCUUUAAAUAACAUCUGCAAUGUCUCCCUUGAUUGGCAUCCUUGAUUUUCUACGGUAUGUGCUCGAAUACUUCGGACUUCCAGCAGAUAUGCUAUUGCCUGUAUGCCAGAGCAAAUUAUGUGGGCAGUAUCGCAGCAUUGUUCGUUUGAUUGGAAGCAACCUUCCCUUGAGUGCUGGUCCACGAGUUCAUUUUCAAGUCCCCUUCCUCACACACGUGACUCAUGGGAGGGUCGGCUUUGACGUGGAGAGUCCCACCAUACCGUCUUUGGCCGAUAUAAUGUGGGUUGUUCGAAAUGACAACGAAACCAUUGCAAAGUUUAGGAGUGGCAUCCACCUUCCCAGUGGACACGGAGUUCGUCACUGUGCUGCAGUAGAGGUUGGCCCUGAAAGGGCGGUGGCAUUGAAGAAGAUCACAGCCCUCGAAGAGGAGCUGCUCCGUUUGCGGGCUCAGAUCGCCGUCAUCGUCAGUGGCCCGACAGGUUCUGAUAUGUCCCAGAACAGUUUGGCGAUCACUGGGACUCCUCUCCCUGCUCCUCCUCUUCCAGUCCUUACGUCGACUCCUCGCUGUGUCCCUCCUCCUCCCCCUCCACCACCUCCUCCACCUCCACCUUCCAGUUAUGAGUCUGUAAAUAGAUCAGAGAAGUCUUCCCUCCAGGGCUUUGCCAUACAGUCCCAGACACGUGUCCCCGAGCAGAAGAAGAAUCAUUGUAGCCAGGCAGCUGGAUCAGAAUCCAGGAAAGGCCCCAGCAUGCUGGAGGUGCUGAAGGAUCUAAACCAGGUCAAACUACGUGCAGUGGAGAGGUCGCCAGGAGGGACCCCUGUGAGACUGAGGCGAAGGACGCUGGGGAAGGCCUUGCCCUCAGAUCCUGCUUCCAUCAUAGCCGAGGCGCUAAAAAAGAAGUUUGCAUGCCGGCAGCAGGAGGACUCCUUUGACAAGGAGAACUGUUCCUCUGAGCUCUCCCCUUUCGGAAGCCCUGAGGUGCCCUGUAUCCCUCGGCACGUGAGGCGUGAGCAUGACAGACUGUACUUGUGAGAUCCUGUUCAGCUGGCAGCUAAUGAGAAGAACAAGGCUGUCACUUCAAACUCUGCUGCUCCUGGACACAUACAGACGUCUGUCUGCUGACUCCAACAUAAAGAUUCUGAUGUUCGCUGGUGGCUGUGUGUCAUUGUUGCUUGAUCUGCCGCAAUUCUAUAGCGCCUUUAUAUUUUAAAUACCUUAAAUACAUUUUAAUAUAUUCCAUUGAGGUUCUGAUUUCAGAAAUGCACUCCUAAAACAAUACCAGUUAUAGGAAGAGAGACAGGAAUUUACUGCAGUGACCUGUUUCAUUGUGAGCUCAGAUUAGCAUGUAGUAUGUUCAGGCAAACUGUAUGAGGCAUCAAAUGAGGAAGCUAUGUGAGGCUGGUAAAAAACCUCACCGCAGCUCUGCAUUUGAAACCUUGUGAUCUUUCUGGAUGGCGUAUGCCUGUAAAGGGCGGGGAGUUUAUUGUGACGCGGGAACCAGCAGCGUUCAGCUUGCAUUGGAAAUGUAAAUGGUUAGCAGUCUUGCCCCUUUGUGUGCCUGUUUUGCUGGAGAAUUUCCUGUCUAAAGUGCACAGGUUUGCUGUUUCCCUGGUUUCUGCUAGAAUAACAUCACUAUUUUUGUUUGUAUGUAAAUAUUAAGAUGCAGUUCAACAGGAAUCCCUCUGAAAAUACAAGACCUACUCUAGUGAUACUGCUGUGGUGUAAUAUGCUGUUGUAUUGUGACUUUGUUGUAACUUCUGAGAGACUGUUCUAGGGCUAAGAGCUGCUCUGCUUAUGUACAUUUUGCUUGAGGUGUUACUUGCCAGUUGUUGGAUACCUGCACCUUAAUAAAUCCUGCAUCGCCAUGGGAAAAUGCCAACAAGCCAAUACUGUCAGUGUGGCUGCUUUAAAAUAAACCGUUCACUUCUGCUGUGA